AUGGAUGGGCCCGUCUCAAAAUUAUGCCACUUACUGUUGGCCUUCCUAAAUUUGCUAGCCCUGCUGGCGGGGGAUAGGCCCCCGCCAACCGUUUGCCCGCUCGACCCGCUCACCAAUCAUGCCAUUAACCCGACCACCAACGGCAGCCCGAAGGCGCUGCUUGACAACACGGAACAAGUUGCGCACCCGGCCAGCGAUGCAAAUUCACAAGACAAGCGAGUGGAAGAAGGCCAUGGACAUGAGAAAGACGAAUACAUGCGCAGCCCGUGCGACAUCAGCGAGAAAUACAUCGUCAUCGAGCUGUGCGAGACCAUACAGCCUCAUACGAUCGAGCUCGGCAACUAUGAGCUGUUCUCGUCGGGCCCGAAGGCCAUCCGCGUAUCGGCCGCUGAAAAGUUCCCGGCAAACGAGUGGUCGACGGUGUUGGAGGAAUCCGUCUUCAUCAAGUUGAACAAGCGCAUCGCCGCAUUGGAGUUGAACAUGUCACUCUCAUCCGAAUACCUCUCCGAACUCAGCCGCCAGUACGUGGCGCAGUCAGAAGCCCAGGAGAAGAACAUUGUUCGGGCAAAGCGGAUCGCCGAUGAGGCCGUGAUCAACGCCACCACGCACAUCAACAAAACACUGAACGUUCAACUUGAGACGAUGCGCCGCGAGGUAGAUGAGCUGGCGAAAUUCCUGAAGACUGUGCGCCAGGAGAGCGCCCAUUUGCAAUUAAGGCUAGCCUAUCGCGGGUACAAGGAAGAAGCUGAAGACCAUUGCGACUCGGAGGAAGCGGAUGACGAUGAUGUGAUGCUCCAUGGCCAAUAUUACGAUAUCGGAAGCCGUGAUGGGGUGUGGACGACAGAACAAGUCGUCUAUGUUGUCGUGGGCGUCCAGGUGCUGACCGUUUUCAUCGUGGCAGCGAUUCAGUGGUGCUUCCGGUCCCAAGCGGCUCCGAAAGUGCAACUGACCCUGGAUGACGUCAAUCGGAUAGUCGAGCUCAAGAUGCAAGAGUUGCAAGUUGAGGCCCUUAGAAAGACCCCGCCGCCAGCAUCCAACUCGUCGACAACGGCCGGCUCGGGCCCGACAACAUCGGCGAAGCGACGGCGACGUCGCAAGCGUAAAGAGCAUGGAGAGACGGACAGUGCCGUCGACUCCAGCUUGCCGACGGCUUCGAUGACGCACAGCGAUAUGGACGAGCGGGACAACGAUCUGACCGCCAUGCUGCCCGAGCUCGAAGCUGCCGCCCUCGACAACGCGCAUUGCCUAGAAUCUGUGGGCAAGUGGUGCGGCUGCAAAGGGCGCUCGCCAAGGCGAAGGCUGGAGCUUCAAAAAGGCGACGUGGACUCGGCGAUGACGGCAAGAAGAAUGGACGACACUCCAAGACGGGCCCUUAUACGGAUAGGCAUGUUUGCCGCGGUGAUGCUAAUGUUUGGCAGAUCCUGGUGGUUCACCGUCUUCUGCCUGUUCAUCGGCUACCGCGUGUGGAUCACCGACUUCUUUCAGCGGGUCCGCGCCACGAUUUCCCGGGAUGCCAAGGGUUUAAAACUGCUCAUCAGCGUAAAGCGGGAAAUUAAGAGACGACUCGCCAACAACGAGCCCAUCCAUAAGAUUUUCCUUGAAAAGACCGCCCUUUUUAGGUGGCCGAACAUCCCCGAAAAAACGGCCGUCAUCGAGAUUGAGACCGGGAAGUCGCUGAACUUCGACGAGCUCAACCGACACUGUAAUCAAUAUGCAAAUUAUUUUGAGACGAAAGGCUACAACAACGGGGAUGUGAUUUCGCUCUUCUUGGAGAACAGCAUCGACUUCUUUGCAGUAUGGUUGGGAUUGUCAAAGAUCGGCGUCGUCUCGGCGUUCAUCAACUCGAACCUGAAGCUCGAGCCCCUUGCCCACUCGAUUCGCGUGGCCGAGGGCAAGUCGGUGAUCACCUCCACUAAUUUGUUGCCAAUGCUCAAGGCGGCGAUCGCCCAGAAGCUGCUCCCGGAAGACACGAAGAUUCUGCUCGUCGAUGGGGAUGGAUCGGAAUAUCCUAGUCUGGCCAGGGCGACUCGCGAAAAGUCCGUAUCUACGAACGAGCCACCGAACAAGGGCGUCACCUUCACGAACAUCCUCUGCUACAUCUACACGUCGGGCACCACCGGAAACCCCAAGCCGGCCGUCAUCAAGCAUUUCCGUUAUUUCUGGAUCGCCAUGGGUGCCCAACGAGCAUUUGGAAUCGUUCCCGACGACAAGGUCUACAUCACUAUGCCCCUGUAUCACAGCGCGGCAGGAAUUAUGGGCAUCGGUAGCGUGAUCGUCGCCGGAACGACGGCCGUCAUCCGCAAGAAGUUCUCGGCGUCUAACUUCUGGAAGGACUGCGUCAAGUACGAUUGCACCGCUAGCCAAUACAUUGGAGAGAUUUGUCGUUAUCUGUUGGCACAGCCCGAAUCGGCCGAGGAGAAGAAGCAAAAGUCAACAUCGACAACCACGUCGGCUCGUGCGGGUUCUUUUCCCAUCUACCCGCACAUUGGCCAGCUGUACCCCGUGCGGUUGAUCAAGGUCGACGAGGAGACCGGCGAACUUGUGCGAGGACCGGACGGCUUGUGCGUGCCCUGCUCACCCGGCGACACUGGCGAGAUGAUUGGCGUGAUUAAGAGCAACGAUCCGCUCCUGAAGUUUGAGGGUUACGUGAACAAGGGCGACACGGCAAAGAAGAUCUAUCGCGACGUUCUGCGCAAGGGCGACCAGGUGUUCGCUUCCGGCGAUAUUCUCUACUGGGAUCUUCUGGGCUACCUGUAUUUCCGCGAUCGACGAGGAGACACAUUCCGGUGGAAGGGCGAAAACGUGUCCACCACCGAGGUCGAAGGCAUUCUGCAGCCGGUCAUGGAGGUCGAGGAUGCCACCGUUUAUGGGGUUGAGGUCGGAAAAAUGGAGGGUCGAGCUGGAAUGGCUGGCGUCGUCCUGGUGCCCGGAGUCGAUCACGAGAAAUUCCUGCAAGACAUCGCCCAGCGGCUGACCUCCAACCUCGCCUCCUACGCCGUGCCCGUGUUCAUCCGAUUCCUGAAGGAGGUCGACAAGACUGGCACGUUCAAACUGAAGAAGCUCGAGCUGCAGAAGCAGGGCUACGAUCUGGCAAAGAGUGGCGGAGAUUCCAUCUACUACUGGAGCGCCGCCGACAAGGGCUACUGCCUCCUGACCGCCCAGCUCCAAUCCGACAUCGACCACGGCAUCUAUGCGAAAUUC